AUGGGAUUCUCCCAGCGCCAGAGGUCUGUCUACGACAAGACAAUCCACAUGAUCUUUGAGCACAUUCCAGGAGUGGAGACCAUGAUGGAUGACAUCAUCGUCUGGAGGUCCACAAAAAAGAACACGGCGCCAGAUCUGAAGGACGUGCCGGAUUUUGGGCCUGACAGGAACUGGAAAGGUAUCGCCAUCUCUCUGCUGGUCAUCAUGGUCAUACUGUCACUCAUUGGACUGGCCAUCGCUCUUCUUUCCAAAAAUGAUGGCGUGAAGUCUUUAGGCACCCAAUUGACACUGGAUGACCUCUUUCAACGAGAGUUCCAGGUGCAUGACCCUGAUGCAAAGUGGAUCAAUGAUGAGGAGAUCAUUUUCAGGAGCUGGGACGGUGAUGUGUUCAAAGCCAACACGCAGAGCAAUGAGACAGACCUCUUACUAAAAAACACCACUUUUGCAACAUUUAAGGCAUCCAAGUUUGCAGUUUCUCCAGAUCUAAACUUUGUUCUUCUGGGCUAUGACGUGAAACAGGUGUACCGGUACUCUUUCCUGGCAUCCUACUUGAUAUACAACCUGCAUACAAGGGAGGUACAGGAGCUGAACCCUCCAGAGGUGUCGGACUCGGUCCUGCAGUUUGCUUCCUGGGGCGUUCGGGAUCAACAGCUGGUGUAUGUCUUUGAAAACAACAUUUACUACCAGACGGAUGUGAAAAGCAGUUCUUGGAGACUGACGUCUUCAGGACAUGAACGAGUUGUCUUCAAUGGCAUCGCUGAUUGGUUAUAUGAAGAGGAAGUGCUGCACUCUCAAGUGGCUCACUGGUGGUCCCCUGAUGGGUCACGACUGGCCUACCUCAACCUCAACGACACUCUGGUACCCAACAUGCUCCUGCCUCGCUUCACUGGCACCCUCUACCCCAGGGGCCAACUGUACCCUUACCCCAAGGUGGGGCAGGUCAAUCCCACAGUUAAGAUUUACGUCGUCACCUUGGAUGGGGGAUCCCAGACGACUGAACUGCGACCUCCCAACAGCUUUGAAAAAAGUGACUACUACAUAACCAUGGUGAAAUGGGUCACAGAGGAGAAGAUUGGUGUGCGCUGGUUGAACCGAGCCCAGAACACCUCCAUCCUGUCGCUAUGUGAGGUCACUAUGGGGGCAUGUCUAAAAAAACAUGUGAUUACAUCAGAGAAGUGGCUUGAUCGCCAGAAUGAAGAGCCAUUGUUUUCCAAGGAUGGGAAUACCUUCUUCCUGACCAUGCCAAUAAAACAUGGCGGACGAGGGUCAUUCCACCAUAUCACCAUGAUAUCUGAUCAGUUUAAUGGUGAUGAGGUCAACAUGCGCCACCUGACCUCUGGCAGCUGGGAGGUGUCUCAGAUCCUGGAGUAUGAUGAGGAAGCAGAUACAGUUUAUUUCCUUAGCACAGAAGAUAGUUCAAUACAAAGACAACUGUACAGGGUGUCGGCGGUAAACCCAUUUCAACGUGAAUGCCUGACCUGCUCCCUGUUCAAAACACAAUGCUCCUACUACGAUGCAGUCUUCAACCAAGACUAUCAAUAUGUCCUGCUGAACUGUAGAGGUCCUGGUAUACCAAGAACUACCCUUUACAAACUGAAUGACAUGAGCAAGAAUGACACUUUGGAGAAGAACACUGCACUAAGAGAUGCACUGAUAUAUAGGAAUAUACCAAGGAGAGAUAUCAGGACCCUACAAAUCAACAACUUUGCACUUCGUCUGGAGCUGACCUUGCCAAUAGAUUUUGAUGAGGCCACAGCGCAUCCACUUCUGCUGAUCCUGUACGUAUCCUACCCUUCACCAAUCCUUAUCUUGGAGUGUACUGUGUGUGAAAUUUCCCUAGAUCCUUAUCCUUAUCAAUGUGACAGUGCCCCCGGUGGCCAGGCGGUGAGUGACCAGUUUGUUCUUGACUGGGACUCUGUUCUGGUCAGCUCGGAUAACGUCAUCGUGGCUCGCCUGGACGGCAGUGGGAGUGGGUUCCUGGGCCAGCGGGUCCUACAUGAAGUCCACCAGCGUUUGGGAACUGUGGAGGUGCAGGACCAGAUUGCAGCAGUAGAGUACCUGACCAAGCUGCCAUAUGUGGAUAAAAAUAAGGUUGCUGUUUAUGGAAAGGCUUAUGGGGGUUUCCUGAGCUCUCUUCUACUCCUCUCCUCUGGCUCCAUGUUCAGAUGUGGGGUUGCAGUUGCUCCCGUGACAGACUGGAGACUCUACGGUUCGGCCUUCACUGAGCGUUACUUUGGGUUUCCGGUCCAGGAUGAGCGUAAAUAUCAACUCUCCAGUCUGCUUCCCAACAUCACAGGGACAGGUCAACGGAAGUUUCUCAUCAUCCAUGGAACAGCAGAUGCCACCGUUCAUUUCCAGCAUUCCGCGGAGCUGGUGAAACUUCUGUCAAUAUCAAACGUUAACUACACUCUGCAGAUCUUCCCGGACGAAGGCCACAACAUUUACUCUGUGAAGAGCCAACGCUACUUGUUGAACUCAGUCAUGACCUUCUUCAGGGAAUGCUUCCUAGUGGAAAUCCCUGUAGCUCAUCCUGUGUCUGAGGAUGACUAGGAUGACCAUAUCUCACCUUGUUUUUGUAGAACCUGUUGCUCCUGGAAACGAGAAAGUGGUCUAGGACCUGCUUGUCUGAGGAACCACCAGUGAGAAGUGGUGAGGUAUGGUGAGACAAAGUGAAUGAGAGAGAGGGGUCAGACAAUGUUGUUGUGCUCUAUGAAGGGUAAUGAUAGGCUGAGAUGAGAUUGAAGAUUUUUCCUGUACAGUGAUAAUUUUUCCUAUUGCUCUGAUCACGCAAUAGUUCACAUAGAAACAUUUAGGGUAUUACCAGUGUUCUGCAAAUAUCAUAAGUAUACAGUUAGCGUGGUAGAGUUUCAGUAGAGAAGAAGGGAAACUUCAUAUUAGCUGUUUGUAUGGGAGAUAUGUUUUUGUCUUUAAUGUUAAAGAUGUGAAGGGAGAUAUUUAUUUAUUUUUCCUUUUAAAGAAUAUAGUUAUUUCAGACAGCUGUAAUGUAUUGCGAAUUUUAUACCUAGAUACAUAUUCAAUUCUAAUAUGGCAUUUAGCAGGCGCUUUUAUCCAAAGCAAUUUAAAGAGUAUGCAUUAGGGACAAAUACAGGUAACCGGGAUCCUAGGACUUCACUCUUCACAUUUCCCCCCCAAAAUAAAAUGACCUUGGAAAUGAAAACAUUUCCCCCAAUAUUGCACUGAUGCAAUUUUACAAAAUACACAAUCUGCACAGAAGCAAAUUGGCAAACAUUUUAUAUAUAGUACAUUAUCCAAUCAGGUUGUCGCAUGGAAGCCUUUAGUCUAGAGAAUUUACUUCACACAAAGUCACCAUAAAUUCAAAGCACACACAGAAUUGACACAGCUGGACUGCAGACAAGACUUAAAUACAGUUUAGAGGUCUCAUCAGAACUGAAUAUUCUAAAAUGAGCCCGAACCCCCCCCAAAAAAUCCAGAUUUAAAAAACAACAACUAUAGGCUAUAUUGAUUUAAAAUGUUGUUGAGAACAACGUGGCGGUUGGGGGCUGCAACAGACUGAGAGUUCUUUCAAUGGUGGAUGGAUGACUAUCUAUGUC